CCCCCGCGCCGUCUUCUCCUCCCCGCAUCCCCCUUUGCUUUCAUGCAACGCCUGGUGGCCUGGGACGCAGCAUGCCUCCCCAUUCAGCCGCCCGCCUUUAAAUCCAUGGAAGUGGCUAAUUUCUAUUACGAGGCGGACUGUCUGGCUGCUCUCAACAAGCUGCACCCGCGGGCGGCCGGGGGCCGCUCCAUGACCGAGCUUACCGUAGGAGACCACGAGAGAGCCAUUGACUUCAGCCCCUAUCUGGACCCCUUAGCAGCAUCCCAGCAGCCGGCGCAGCCGCCGCCUCCCGCAGCAGCAGCAGGGGGCAACUUUGAGCCUGCCUGCAGUAGCGGCGGCCAAGAUUUCCUUUCCGAUCUCUUCGCCGAGGACUAUAAAGGCAGCGGCGGCGGCAAGAAGCCCGACUACACCUACAUCAGCCUCGCCCGGCACGGCCACCCGUGCGGCAGCCAGAGCCACAAGCCAGGGGGGCUGCCGGGCUGCUUCCCGCCCCAGAUCGUGGAGACCAAAGUGGAGCCGGUCUUCGAGACCCUGGACUCUUGCAAAGGGCCCCGUAAGGAAGAAGGGGGAGCGGGGCCGGGACCGGGGGGCAUGUCCUCGCCCUACGGCAGCACCGUGCGCUCCUAUCUGGGCUACCAGUCGGUGCCGAGCGGCAGCAGCGGGAACCUGUCCACCUCGUCCUCCUCCAGCCCCCCCGGCACCCCGAACCCCUCCGAGUCCUCUAAGUCGGCCGCCGGCGCCGGGGGCUACUCGGGGCCGCCGGCGGGCAAGAACAAGCCCAAGAAGUGCGUGGACAAGCACAGCGACGAGUACAAGCUGCGCCGGGAGCGGAACAACAUCGCGGUGCGCAAGAGCCGCGACAAAGCCAAAAUGCGCAACCUGGAGACGCAGCACAAAGUCUUGGAACUGACGGCCGAGAACGAGAGGCUGCAGAAGAAGGUGGAGCAGCUCUCCCGGGAGCUGAGCACCCUCAGGAACUUGUUCAAACAGCUGCCCGAGCCCCUGCUCGCCUCCUCGCCCCGCUGCUGACCUCCGCGCCGGGCCGCGGGGCGAGCUGAGCGCUGCCCCCCCACGCCCUCCUCCCGGGGCCGGGCUGCGUUUUCGGUUUCGUUGGGGGUUUCGUUGCUGUUGUUGUUGUUUGUUGUUGUUUCGGUCUCUAUUUGCUU